ACCUUGCGUUGUGAUUGGCGGGCACGAUUUGAUGCCCGGGGUGUUUUUGUUUAUAUGGUGCGAGGCUAGACCCACUCGCUAGGCAAAAAAAUAUUUUUGGCCGCUAGUCGGGUGGGUCUAGUUUACUAGGCUAAAAAAAACACCGCAAUUUUUUUUUUUGGAACCCCCCCCGCAACAUCAGUCAUUUUAGCCCGCAACAAUCACAAAAAAGGGCCCGCGGGAUCCUGGGGGGACUGAUCAGUGCAGUGCGCUUUCACAGACAGAGUCUGUCACUUCUCCUGGAGGAAAUGAGAGCUCAGCCUGCCUGGGAUCUGAAAACGAACUUUGCACCCGGAAGUCCCGAGCAUUCUCUGAUGAUCCAUGAGAGGAUAAAUACUUGGCGCUCCCUAUUAGUCAGACAGAACUGAGGAAGCCUUUCGGAUGAGAGACGAAACGUCUUCAAGAAUCUUCAAGCAGGUCCAGUUGCCCGUGUUCAGUGUGCUGUCAGUGCUAAUGGAUGUUCAGCAGUACCUCUUGCGCAUCGGCUGCGCUGUGUCGGGUGAGUCGUGGUCGCGCUCUCCGACUCUGGAGACUUUGCGCUUUGUUCACCUCCAGCACUUGCUCUCGGUGCCUUUCGAAGAUCUCACCAUCCACACCGGACAGCGCGUGCGCCUCGAGCUCCCGCUGCUCUACGACAAAAUCGUGUUGAAAAGACGCGGCGGGUUUUGCUACGAAAACAACGGGCUGUUCUCCUGGCUCUUGUCUCAGCUCGGGUUCGAAGUGGAGAUUCUGUCUGCUCAGGUGAACAGUCGGUUCACCGGCACGUACGGACCUCCGUUUGAUCACAUGAUCAUGAUGGUGACCCUGGACGGAAGACGGUGGCUCUGUGACGUGGGCUUCGGGACCGGUUUCCAGAUCCCUCUGUCCCUCGAGACAGAAAGUCCUCAAACUCAGAGUCAUGGCAUAUACCGGGUUCGAGCCCAUGGAAACAUGCUUUUCGUAGAAACGCAGUCUGAGAGUGAUGAUGGUGCAUCAUGGGAGGAGCGGUUCAAGUUCACCCUUCAGCCAUGUCAGAGAGAGGACUUUAAAGCCAUGUGUGAGUACCACCAGAGCUCCAUCAGCUCCAUCUUCUUCUGCAAGUCCCUCUGCUCGCUCCUGCUACCAAAUGGAAGAAUUACUCUAAUGGGCCGCAAACUGAUUAUCACCCAUCUGGCCAAUGAGGCUGGACCACCAGUGAAGUCCACCAAGACAGAUCUUACUGAUGAAGAAAUCAUCGAGAUAUUGCGGGACAAGUUUGGAAUAGUGCUGACAUCUCCACUAAUUCCUAAAGAUAUUGACAUUGUGCCCCCGUCAGUGAAUUAUUCGUGAUGCACUGUAUGACUAAAAGUGUGUGGACACCUGACCAUCUCACCUAUACUGCAAGUCCUCACCCUCAAACCAUGGGUAUUAACACAGAGGUCUUUUACUUACAAUCGGAGCAUUUUUUAAGGAUUUUCCACUAGGAGACCAACUGGUCUGGGCAAUACAAUCACAGGCCCCAGAGUCCAUGCGGCUGCACCGCUGCGGUAUAUUCUGUGAUGCAAAAUGGUUCACCAAUCGCCAUACAGACAAACACACUACAGUGACUACACAGCUAUCAAGAGCACAAAUGUUAUGUCAAAGACACUCAAAGUUACACAGUAAUGACAUCGGAUUCUGACAUCAGCCAUCUCAGUAACCAAAUUUUAGUUUCGUUUUUCUUAACCAACAUGAUCGUGUGUGUAUAUCUUGUAACAUAGAUCUUCAUUUUCCUUGUGAAAUGUAUACUUACAUGGUACUUGGUUAAUUAAUUGCAACUGAUUGAACCAAAUGAUAAGACAAACUGGGUUUAAAAUUUGGUCUCCCAGUGAAGCUGGUUUGGCAUUGACUAGGAGACCAAAUCUGGCCACUGGGAGACCAUUUGGUCUCCCAGUAACUAUGUUAAAAAAUGCUCUGCUUGCAAUAAACUCAACUCUUCUGGGAAGACUUGCCACACUCUCAGAAAAUAAAGUAUAUUAUUGUACCUUUAGGGGUACAAUGGCUUGUCA